GUUUGUUUAUUUAUUCGUGUAACAACCUGGAAGCAGAACUAGCAAACGUCACGUAUAAAUACUUCCGGUCCGCUGGAAUAACUUCCGGUCCGUUGUAGUCUGUGGUAAACAUCGGAGAUUUGUUCAUUAAAGACACGUGACAAUGACUCGACACGGCAAGAACUGUACUGCUGGAGCAGUGUACACUUAUCACGAGAAGAAGAAGGACACAGCUGCUUCCGGUUACGGCACUCAGAAUGUGAGGUUGGGGAAAGACGCCAUCAAAGAUUUCGACUGCUGUUGUCUUUCGUUACAGCCGUGUAGAGACCCUGUGGUGACUGAGGAUGGCUACCUGUAUGAAAGAGAAGCAAUUCUGGAGUACAUCCUCCAUCAGAAAACUGAGAUUGCCAAGAAGAUGAAGGCGUAUGAGAAACAGAAGAAGGCUCUAAGGAGUGAGGGAAAGUUGGAGUCAGGGUCAGAGGAGAGAGAGAAGAUUGAGAAGUUCAAGAAUAAAGAGAGCAGCAUUGUCUCCAAACCCAUUAACCCUUUCAUCACAGGUCAGAGUAAAGAUUCAUCCCCGAGUGGCUCAAUGAGCUCUUUCAGCUCGUCCAGCUCUGCCUCAGUGUCCACAGAAUCCACUUCCUCCUCCAGUCUGCCCAGUUUCUGGAUCCCCAGCCUGACCCCUGAGGCCAAACCCACGCUGCUAAAGAAACCGUCUAAGACAGUGUUGUGUCCGAUGUCGGGUCGUCCUCUAAAGAUGAGUGACCUGAUAUCGGUGCGUUUCACUCCGCUGGACAGCAGCCUAGACAGAGUGGCCCUGCUGACACGCCAGGACAGAUACGUGUGUGCGGUGACCAAAGACACGCUGGGGAACUCGGUCCCCUGUGCACUGCUCAGGCCUUCAGGGUCAGUGGUCACUCUGGAGUGUGUAGAGAAGCUCAUACGUAAAGACAUGAUCGACCCGGUCACAGGAGACAAGCUGAAAGAGAAAGACAUAAUAGUCCUGCAGAGGGGCGGGACAGGAUUCGCUGGUUCUGGACUUGAUCUCUGUGCUAAAGAGGCUCGACCCGUCAUGCAGGCGUGAGCUCCUGUAUGUAACCCCACCCUUUACUCCGUGUGUGUUGUUUACAUUCAGUAAGAUGUUUCAUCCUUUAGCCCUGAUGGUGUUUGUGCAGUCUGAUGAUUAAUGACACAAACAGGAUUGUUGUUUGUGUAGUUUUUUGCUCCAUGCUCUAUAUACACACUUUAAAUAAGUUUUGUUUUUGUAAAAUAAAUUUUUAUUUCCAGAUCCUA